CUCGUCUCCGGGAAGUUACGCUUGCGCGUCCCGGCCCCAGGCCUCCCCGCCAGCCCCUCACAGCGGCGGGGUACCGGCUGCCUUGGCCCCUCCGUGCUGCCGUCUUUUCCGGCAGUUGGGGAGCUUCCUGUUGCUCUCACCAGCAACCGUCCCUGGUCCUCUGAUUCAGAGCACCUCAGCCGUCCCCUCCCCUCCUGCGGCCCGGCUGGCGUCCGCGGCUAUCCCCGCCUGCAGCCCAGCCUCCGUCGGGGCUCUGCAGCCAUGGCAAUGACAGGGUCAACACCUUGUUCAUCCAUGAGUAAUCACACAAAAGAAAGGGUGACAAUGACCAAAGUGACACUGGAGAAUUUUUAUAGCAACCUUAUUGCUCAACAUGAAGAACGAGAAAUGAGACAAAAGAAGUUAGAAAAAGUGAUGGAAGAAGAAGGCCUAAAAGAUGAAGAGAAACGACUCAGGAGAUCAGCUCAUGCUCGGAAGGAAACAGAGUUUCUUCGUUUGAAGAGAACAAGACUUGGAUUGGAAGAUUUUGAGUCCUUAAAAGUAAUAGGCAGAGGAGCGUUUGGUGAGGUGCGGCUUGUUCAGAAGAAAGAUACAGGGCAUGUGUAUGCAAUGAAAAUACUCCGUAAAGCAGAUAUGCUUGAAAAAGAGCAGGUUGGCCACAUUCGUGCGGAGCGUGACAUUCUAGUGGAGGCAGACAGUUUGUGGGUUGUGAAAAUGUUCUAUAGUUUUCAGGAUAAGCUAAACCUCUACCUAAUCAUGGAGUUCCUGCCUGGAGGGGACAUGAUGACUCUGCUGAUGAAAAAAGACACCUUGACAGAGGAGGAGACUCAGUUUUAUAUAGCAGAAACAGUAUUAGCCAUUGACUCCAUUCACCAACUUGGAUUCAUCCACAGAGACAUCAAACCAGACAACCUUCUCCUGGACAGCAAGGGCCACGUGAAACUUUCUGACUUUGGCCUUUGCACAGGCCUGAAAAAAGCACAUAGGACAGAAUUUUACAGGAAUUUGAACCACAGCCUUCCCAGUGAUUUCACUUUCCAGAAUAUGAAUUCCAAAAGGAAGGCAGAAACCUGGAAGAGAAAUAGACGUCAGCUAGCCUUCUCCACAGUAGGUACUCCUGACUACAUUGCUCCUGAGGUGUUCAUGCAGACCGGGUACAACAAGCUCUGUGAUUGGUGGUCGCUUGGAGUGAUCAUGUAUGAGAUGCUCAUCGGCUACCCACCUUUCUGUUCUGAGACCCCUCAAGAGACAUAUAAGAAGGUGAUGAACUGGAAAGAAACUUUGACUUUUCCUCCAGAAGUUCCUGUCUCUGAGAAGGCCAAGGACCUAAUUUUGAGAUUCUGCUGUGAAUGGGAACAUAGGGUUGGAGCCUCUGGAGUUGAGGAAAUCAAACGUAAUUCUUUUUUCGAAGGCGUUGACUGGGAACAUAUCAGAGAGAGACCUGCUGCAAUAUCUAUUGAAAUCAAAAGCAUUGAUGAUACCUCAAACUUCGAUGAGUUUCCAGAAUCUGAUAUUCUUAAGCCAACAGUGGCAACAAGUAAUCACCCUGAGACUGACUACAAGAACAAGGACUGGGUCUUCAUCAAUUACACGUACAAGCGCUUUGAGGGCCUGACUGCGCGGGGGGCAAUACCUUCCUACAUGAAAGCAGCAAAAUAGGACUCUUGGAACGGAACCCUAAAUAGAGCAGAGUUCUUUGUGCAGCAUCGCACUGUUCCUCUCACACACUCUUUUGAAAGAGCUUCCGAGAAGUUUAUGGAACCCACCAGUAUGUCCUGGUAAACUUGCCUGAAAUGUGAUAGUGAGUAGAUGCUCUUCAAAGCACCAUCUGAGAAGCUGGAAAACAAAGACAGCCAUUUUUACUACAUCAGCCAUAAGCAGUUUCCGUAGGAGUGUCGUGAGCCAAUUUGAUAGAUGUUUUCCUGAAUUCAUCAGAAUGACGGGGGAAAAAACAGCUGUCAUCCCACAUUGUUGAAAUUGUAAUGCAUACUUACACUGAGUAACAGCCAAUUCCUGCAAUUUUGUGAUAUGCUUUCUGCCAAGCCCACCAAGUAUUUCUUUUCCUUUACAGCUGAAAGUUCCAUAGUACUAAGGAAAUAAAGCAAUAAUGAAAGCCUCAGCAGCCAGCAUUCUGGCUGAAGAAAAUGAUCCACCUUUCUCUGACGGGGCGGUGAUGGUAGUUUCUUCCCAUACCCCACCCCAGUCAAGUGGCUUUUUAUAGCCUCCAUUCAUGGUGCACUUUAUUUAUGGUACUAGGCUAAAGACCCUCACUCCGUUGAUUUUUAUCUUCCCACCCAUCUGAAAUACUCAUGCUGCUUUUCUGAGUGUUGAUGGGGGAAUACCAGCUUGAUCCAUUGUUGUUCUUAGAAGGCUCCUAAAGCCAUUGGGCAUUGCCAAGGAGUCCUGGAUCACGUGGAAAACCCUCACUUUCUCUUCAUGGUUGUAUCAGAAAAUCCCUCAGUUGGAUGUUACCGUGAGCCAGCAAUGCCUGCAAGUGCUGCUGAUGGGCAUUUGGUUUAUCCUGGGAACACAGUAAGGAGAGCCAGGCAGAGGCAGGAGGCUUGGAAUCCUCUUGGCUAAGGUGCUGCUCCUGCUUGGUCUCCAGAACCUCCUUUGAAAUGGGGAAAGAACUAGACCAAUAGAAGGUGCACUGCAGAGCCAGCCUACAGAUCUUUGUCAAGUUCACUGCUCCAUCCUCAGUGCAGCUGUGUUUGUUUUCUUUCUGUGUUUGUAUUUCUUCCCCAACUUUUAAGUACCAUUUUGCAUGGGGAGCACGAUUACAGUUUUCCUUUGCAGAUGCCUUUCUGGGGGAUGUUCCUCUCUACUGGACAGGGUGGCCCACGGCCGGGCCGCCGCCGUGGCAUGCUCCCAUGAGACACCCUCUGAAAUUCAGCACAAAGUGCCUUCUCUUUUACAGCUGCCACCAUCUUUAGAGGAAUUUUGCUGUCAGAUAAUUGUGGAGACUCCAUAUAAAUGCAUUAUUACUUUUUAAAAUUUCAAUAACUCUGAAA